CACAGGACGGCUGUGUGUACAAGCAAAGUCUCUUUGGAAAUGCAGAAGGUAUUCCCAAACCAAUCACCACCAUUAGAGAAAAACCAUCAAGCUUAUACAAUCCAUUUGUACUUGAGAAGAAUCUACUUUUUCCCCGCUUAAAGAUGGUGUUCAAUCUCCGAACCUUCAGUUUUACCGAGUCCGUUGAAGAUGAUCCAACACCUCUGAAAAGCUUCUCCCUAAAGGAGAUCCGAGUAGCGACACACAACUUUAGCAGCAAAAACGUCUUGAAGGACGAUGGAUACAGCAGGGUUUACAGGGGGCGCUUGGCCGAUGGUUCGCUAGUGGCAAUAAAGAGCUUUGUCAAUUGGUGGAGGAAAAAGUAUUUCAAAGCAGAACUGCAAGUGGGAAGCACGGCUUCAACACACCCAAAUGUGCUAUGCCUGAGGGGCUUUUGCAGGACCAAGAAAGCGCUCUUACUCGUGUAUCCCUUGAUGUUCAACAACAGCCUAUCUUACAAUCUUACAGAGAUACCAGAUCGGUUUGCCCAACCUCUCGAUUGGACUAUUCGCAAGCGAAUAGCCUUGGGAGCAGCGAGGGGGCUUGCACACCUUCACAAUCAAGGUAACAUCAAGAUCAUGCAUCGCUACAUCUGCGCGUCAAAUAUACUGCUGAAUGUGCAUUUUGAGGCCAUGGUAGGAGGAUUUUCGCUUGCCAUGAUCAUGCAUGAGAGAAAUAUAGAGGAAGGGACUAUUGAGAGGCGCACGUGCAUGCCAAGGCGGCGCACAGGAGUCUGUUUCUCAUUGCCGGUAGGAGAAAAUUCAGCCGAUUAUGACUCCGAUCAAUCCUAUCAUCGCUAUGGAGAUGUUUAUGUCUACACCCCCAUCUGUGGCACUCACGGGUAUAUUGCCCCCGAGUACAUCUACACAGGAAAGUGCACACUGAAGAAUGAUGUCUUUGCAUACGGGAAUGUGCUUCUCGUGCUCAUCUCGGGGCAGUCAAUUACUGAACUUGGUGAUUUGGCGGAUAAUGAAAAUCUCAGUUUGGAGGAAUGGAUUGGUGAUUUUAUGAACAAGAACAAGUUGGGAAGGGUGAUCGAUCCCAAUUUGAAGGGGAAUUACGUGGAAAAAGAAGCAGAGCAACUAGUCCGAUUGGCAUUGUUGUGCACACAUGAGGAUCCAUCUGUUCGACCAGAGAUGUCUGAAGUGGUUCGAAUGCUCGAAAGCGAGUUUUUUCAGCGGGACCCUAGCACGAGCAGUAGUUGGAGUCGAAGGUUGAAGAAGCAAACCCUUGGUGACCGAAAACAAGAGGGAAAGAAGAGGACGCACGCAGAGAAGAAGAAAAGGGGGAAGAGGGAAAAUCUUCGUGCGCUUACGAUCCGGACGACUCGACAAGUCGAAUCAACACUGUUUUGCAACGCCGGAUUCUCCUUUUCCCGCUUAAGGAUGGUGUUCAAUCUCCGAACCUUCAGUUUUACCGAGUCCGAUGAAGACGAUCCAACACCUCCAAAAACACCACCUCCCAAAAGCUUCUCCCUAAAGGAGAUCCGAAUCGCAACAGACAACUUUAGCCGUGGCAACAUCAUGGGGGACAAUUGGUGCAACAAGGUUUACAGGGGCCGCCUGGCCGAUGGUUCGCUAGUGGCAGUAAAGAGAGCAAGCUUUGUCAAUUGGGAGAGGGUAAAGAAGUUCGAAGCAGAAGUGCAAGUGGGAAGAACGAUUUCGACACACCCAAAUGUGCUACGCCUGAGGGGCUUUUGCCGGACCAAGAAAGAGCUCUUACUGGUGUAUCCCUUGAUGAUCAACAAUAGCCUAUCUUACAAUCUUAGAGAGAGACCAGAUCAGUUUGCCCGACCUCUCGAUUGGACUACUCGCAGGCGAAUAGCCUUGGGAGCAGCAAGGGGGCUUGCGCACCUUCACAAUCAAGGUAACAUCAAGAUUGCGCAUCGCGACAUCCGCGCGUCAAAUAUACUGCUGAAUGUGCAUUUUGAGGCCAUGAUAGGAGGAUUUUGGCUUGCCAUGAUCAUGCAUGAGCGAAAUGUAGAGGAAGGAACUAUUAAGCGGCCCAUGGGCAUGCCAAGGCGGGGCACUGGGGUCACAUCCUCAUCACCAGUAGAAGAAAAUUCAGCUGUUUCUGGCUCCGAUUCUCAAACCUAUCAUCGCUAUGAAGAUGUUUAUGUCAACAUUCCCCCCCUCGACAAACUUGGUUUUAUUUCCCCUGGGUACUUCCACACAGGAAAGUGCACACUGAAGAAUGAUGUCUUCGCAUAUGGGAAGAUGCUUCUCGAGCUCAUCUCGGGACAGCAGCUGCGCCUCUUUCUCCCUGAUGGCUAAGUUUUGUUGUUAGAGGAUUCGGUUAGAAAACAUAUGAAUGAAGGCCAGUUGGGAAGGGUGAUCGAUCCCAAUUUGCAGGGGAACUAUGUGGAAGAAGAAGCAGAGCGAUUAGUCCGAUUGGCAUUGUUGUGUGCACACGAGGAUGCAUCUGUUCGACCAGAGAUGUCUGAAGUGGUUCAAAUGCUCGAAAGCCAGUAUUUUCGGUGGUAUCCUAGUACAAGGUGUAGUUGGAGUCUGAGUGAGUGUGACUCGACUCCAUACUACUCUUUCCCUCCUUCUCCUUCGUCUCCUUUGGGGAUCAGCCCAUGACGGGCAUGUCAAUGCUACAUCAUCACCAUUGCCUUUUUUUUACCUUCAAUAACAAAUUCAGCUGCUAUGUUUAUCUCUUCCUAAACUCUGUAUAUUCCUCCAGUUUCAUUCGUAUGAUCUUUUUGUAAUUCUAUUCUCCGAUAUUUGGAGACAUAUAGCACGUCCUUUACGCAA